ACACUGCGCUUGGGGGGGGGUGUUUCUCUCCCUCCCUUGCUGGUUCCCUCUCUCUUCCUGGCAGUGUGUGUGUAAACCUCUUUUAAUGAUCUCACCCAGUCUAUGGCUUUACACGUGUCUUUCAGCCAUCAGUCCUCUCAGAUUUACAUGUCAGGACCAAACUUUUCCCCAAACUCUGAACCCCACCUGUGGACAUUCACAUUUCCAGAGAGAUCUGUUAGGUAUUUUCAACUCAGUGUGCCCAAACACAGGCAGCCCUCCCUCCCUCCUUUAACCAGCGCUUCCUAACUAUCUUUCAACCCACUCUCCAUUUUUCUAAUCUCACCCAGGCUGGAAACUACAGUCACUGUGAUCCUCUUUCUCAAACACACACCCCCUCCAGCCCCGAGUGGCGAGUGGCGUUGGCUCUACCUCCAACAUAUUUCCAUAAUCUCCCGGUGCCCACACCAUAGUCCUCUUGCCACUCCACUGAGAUAAUCACAGAAGCUUCUAUUGGCUCUGACUCCCCCAUAUUUGUUCUCUAAAGGAAGUCUUGACACACAUGUACCCACACACAGGAAGUAGGUAGCAUUGUCACCAUGGGGGGGUGACAUCCGUCCUAGCUGCCUCUCUUCUCUACUGUUCCGAGGACUUCCCUGGACCACAGUUUUGGCCAGAUCCCUUCAGGUCCCAGCCCAGCAUGGCCCCCCCAGGCUACCUCCUGUUCCUGCUUCUGCUCCCAGAGGCUGCAAGUCAGAUGUCGGCAGGUUCCUGCUCCGGAUGUGGGACUCUGACUCUGCCACUCCUGGCAGGCCUGGUGGCUGCAGAUGCGGUCAUGUCACUCCUAAUUGUGGGGGUGGUGUUUGUAUGUAUGCGCCCCCGCAAAAGGUCUGCCCAAGAUGGUAGAGUCUACAUCAACAUGCCUGGCAGAGGCUGACCGCGCCACCUUCUGACCCUCUCAUCCUGGAUCGCGUGGGGGUGGGGGUGGGGUGCAUGGAAACGCACUUUUUCAGGACGGAAAUAAAGCGAUUCAAAUACCUCUA